CACUCCAGCUCUUGUCGGGUUAUUGAAUUCAUAAAAUAUUUAUAUAUGUAUCUUUCCUUCUUUUUGCUGUUACUCUUGUAAUUACUUAAACUGGCGUUAAGCCUUCAACCAACCAACCAACCCAUCAUCAUAAUAAUUGUGUAGUGAUGCAAGAUAGUGAAGUAACUAUUGGCUGAAAGAGAGCUGGAUUAACAAAAGUGGCUUGCGACGAUUUGAAUAUAGGGUUGACAUGAGUUGCCUCAGAUCCAGGACACUCAAGCUGAGAGGAAAAAGUCGCCUUUUUUAUUUCAGGGUUUCCCUGUGAUUCUUGGAACUGUUCUAGCCUUUUCUAGCUUCCUUCCGAUGAAUCAACCCUUUUGCUGAUGAAGGGCUGAGCUUAAUUCCUCGUUCUGAUUCUUCAUUUAGGUUAUAAAUAUUUAUGCUUUUUCUGUUUGAGUUAGUCCUUCCUUCCUUUCCCUCUUUUUUCCUAUGUGCAGUCUGCUUGAUGAAGAUGGACGGGUAGUGAAAGUGUCCAGAAAUAAGAAAGGAGGUUCAGACAAGUUAGUAUAUUUACCUUUCUGUAUGCGGUGACAAUUUUUCACGGAUGAUGGCUGUUUAUUUUUAGGUGACCAGAUCUGACAAGUCAUUCCUAUUUUUAGCCACUUUAACUGAGACCGAGUAGGUUUGCUGUGAUUCUGGGUGAAUCAAGUGUGAUGUAGUGUAGACAUAAUUAAGCUUCUUCUAUAUAUGAUGCGAGCAGCUGCAUCAAUUUUUACUUGUGCAUUAAAGAAAGGCGACCUAUUAAUUUAAUAAUGACAGCUCCUGUAAUUCUGGAUGGGCGGCGGGGUAACUUUGGCUGCUCAGAUAGUGAUUUCAAUGGAGGAGAUGUAUGGGGCGGUUGCACUACCAUUUAGAUUAGGUAAUUUGAUAUUUGACGACAUACUGAGUUUCCCAUUUUGUAUGGAUGGAAUGGACUACGAUUCGAAGGCUGACCGAGCAAGCUUGAUUCCGGACACGGGGGUUAAUAUCUCCGGCAAGGCUGGUGGAGAUGGUGAUGAUGAGGAUUGCAGCUGCGGCGACUCGGGAAGUGAAGUUAGUUUCAGUCUGUUGUUGGGGUCGAGAGAGUCGUCUAGGAGUGGGGUGUCAUCUGUGCUAGCUAUGACUUCUGAGGAUGAAGGCAACUGGUUCGCUGGAGGCAUAGAGCGCGCCAGUGAAGAAGAUGGAUCAUCAUCAUUGGAGGGCGACACUGCUCUGGACAGCUGCUGCUCUCUGUCAGUGGCAAGCGAUACUAGCAGUCUAUUCGGGGAUGAUCUGCUGUUAGGCUUCGAGAUGAAUUCUGAGAUUGGGGCUAAUGUGUUGGAUAUUGGCAAGACUGUAUGUGAUGACGAACAAGAACUGAUCGCCAAAAACCAGGAGCCCGAAGAUCCAAGUGAUGGUGGUGAUUCUCUGUCUGUGGCGACUGGAGUUGGGGAAGAGAUAGCUGUUGUUGAUCAGGCCAGCUUGAAAUCAACUAUGAUCGACCAGCAGUUGGAUAAAAGAACAAGUGGAAAGAUGAGCCGAAGUAUAUUUGAGGUGGACUGUGUGCCACUCUGGGGUUUAGUAUCAGUGUGCGGAAGGAGACCUGAAAUGGAGGAUGCUGCUGCAGCCGUGCCUCGCUUUUUUAAAAUUCCUAUCCGUAUGUUAAUUGGCGACCGCAUCAUUGAUGGAGUGGGUUCCCAUUUGAGUCACUUGAGUGGUCAUUUCUUUGGAGUUUAUGAUGGCCAUGGAGGCUCACAGGUUGCUCAUUAUUGUCGGGAUCGAAUUCACAAUGCUUUGGUUGAGGAGUUGGAUACAAUCAUGAGCAACGUGAGCAGCAAUGGGGAUAACAGUGAAGAACAAUGGAGAAGGGCUUGCCACAAAUGUUUCAUCAAGGUUGAUGGGGAGAUUAGCGGGAAAUCUGGUGGUGGUGAGCCCGUUGCUCCAGAGACGGUUGGCUCUACUGCUGUUGUUGCCAUAGUUUGCUCGUCGCAUAUAAUAGUGGCCAACUGUGGUGACUCACGGGCUGUGCUCUGCCGGGGCAAAGAACCAAUGGCGCUAUCGGUGGAUCAUAAGCCUAACCGGGAAGAUGAAUAUGCAAGAAUUGAGGCAUCGGGAGGCAAGGUGAUACAGUGGAAUGGACACCGUGUCUUCGGAGUCCUGGCCAUGUCCCGGUCCAUUGGGGAUAGAUAUUUGAAGCCCUGGAUAAUACCAGAUCCUGAAGUGAUGUUUGUGCCCCGAGCAAGGGAGGAUGACUGUCUCAUACUUGCUAGCGAUGGCUUGUGGGAUGUCAUGUCCAAUGAAGAAGUCUGCGACAUUGCGCGCAAAAGGAUUCUGCUCUGGCACAAGAAUAAUGGAGUCGCACUGCCGGAGGUGAGGGGCGAAGGGGUCGACCCUGCAGCUCAGGCGGCUGCUGAGUACCUAUCGAAUCGUGCGCUUCAGAAGGGCAGUAAGGAUAACAUCACAGUAAUUGUGGUAGACUUGAAGGCUCAAAGGAAGGUCAAGAAAUCCUAGCAUAAAGACAUGAAUCACUCUGGUACUGGAAUUUGUCCGUGCCUGCAGAUUCGACAAAUGCCUCCCUGCUCAUCAAGAGUCUCUCUCUCUCUCUCUCAACUUCUUUCAUUCAACACACAGCCCGCAGCGAGCUGGAAUUGAUAGUAAGUAUAGCCCUCCUACGUGCUACGCACUGGAACUUUGUAAUAUUGAAUGAUCCAAACAAGAUUUAAGCAAGUGGUUACUAUGUGGUCCUGUAAUCCAUCCCAUGACAUGUAUAUGUGCAGAAUCAGGGUGAUUGAAGGUGUAACUAAUAAAUCAUUGGUUUAUUA